AUGAAUGGGGUUCUCCAAUCCACUCCAAUCCACCCGUCCCCCGUCAGUGAUAUUACACUAACGAGUAAAUCGACCAAUGAGAUCAACUACCACUGGACUGUGCCAAACAACACAAGAGUUGCUCAAUAUUACUACAAUGUAACUCUUGUGAAUGUUGCCCUCAUUUCAACCCAGAACAACAACUACACUGCUAAUGAAUUACAACCAGGGGAGGAAUACACAGUGUGCAUAGAAUCUGUGACCCCAGAGAACACUAGCAGCACCUCUACAUGUCUUUCAAACUACACAAACCCCAAUGCCCCAGUAAAUCUGACUUCAAGCGAGGGCACAACGACGGCUCAUGUGAGCUGGUCAGCACCCAGCAGUGAUGUGAACUAUCAGAUCUACACAUACCUGCUCAGCUGGUCCAGCAGUAAUCAUCUGAGUGGAUCGAAGGUCAUCAACGAGACCUCUGCUUCUCUGAAUGAUCUGAUUCCAGGAUCCCUGUAUAAUGUAAGCGUGAGAUCCCUGAUCGGAGACGCACAGAGUGUGGGAGAGUCACAUCCCAUUCUCACAGAUCCUCUCCCACCGAAACACCUGUUGGUUUCUGCUGAGAGCGAGACUGAGGCUGUACUAGAAUGGGGAGAUCCAGCAAGCGGGGGAUAUUCUGGCUUCCAGAUCUUCUACUCAGAUACAAACAGCUCGACGGCAAUUAACUCAGUCAAUCAGGAUGUGAGGCAAUACAAACUGACCAACCUCACCCCCGGAGAGUUCUAUAACAUCAGGUUGAGGAGCUUCAAAACUGAAGCCAGCAUCCGGAAAAACAGCACUGAAGAGAAAAGAAACUUUCAAACAGUUCCUGCUCAGGUGAGCUCUCUCCAGUGCUCUGCAGUGUCUGGGGGUUACAGUCUGUCCCUGGACUGGGGUAACCCUGCUGGACGCUGGACGGAGAUAGAAGUGGACGUGUCCAACGAAGACAUAAAGAAGGUAGAGAAGUGCGGGCCGGACCAGUGUGAGACGAGAAUCAAUGGGCUGAGUCCGGCUCGGUAUUACACCCUCGCGGUGACGACCGUGUCUGGAGAGAAGAGGAGCUUCAAAGCCAUUUCCAUUCAGUGCCAAACUGACACGACGUGUGUCAUCGUCGGCUCUCUGUUUGGGAUUCUAAUACUCAUCUGCUUCGUGGUCUUUCUCGUUCUGUUCAUCUUGAGACAAUACCCUGACCUCCUGAGGUACGUCUGA